GGAGAGACAAAGAGAGAGAGAGUGAAAGAAGAUCGGCAGGAGGGAGCAAGGGGGAGAGAGAGAGAGUGUACGGGAAGUUGUCACAAAGGGAAUCCUGAAGCCUGAUGUUUGCUAUUGAGCAAGUAAAGCAAUGCUGUGCUCAUUACAGUGAUCAAAAGUGAAUGGGGACUCACUGUGUUCGUUUCCCAAAGCCUGAAAGCACAACAAAAGCAGAAACUGUGAAAGGAAACAGGAUACUGCCAAACAUAUCUUUAUCAGUAAAUCAUAAAAGCAGGAUUUGCUGUCUUCUUUUAUUUAUCUAGGGACAGAAAUAUGACAUCAAAGAAAACCUUUUACCGUCAGGAAAUCAAUAAAACCAUGUGGGAUGUGUUGGAUAGGUAUAAAGAUCUUAUACCAGUUGGGUCAGGUGCUUACGGGACUGUUUGCUCAGCAAUUGAUAAGCGAACUGGUACCAAAGUAGCCAUCAAGAAACUUUACCGUCCAUUCCAGUCAGAUCUGUUUGCAAAACGGGCUUACAGAGAACUGAGGCUCUUGAAACACAUGAAACAUGAGAAUGUUAUUGGACUUCUGGAUGUAUUCACACCAGAUACAUCACUGGAAAAGUUUACCGACUUGUAA